AUCCCACUUAUUGAUAUUGAGUAAACAAAAUUAAGGAAAGAACAUUUACAAUGUGUUAUUCAAUGCUACAUUAGGGGUCUUCACAUCGAGCUCGUAUACGAAUACCGAGCCGUAAACUGCGUAUCUUCCAUUACUCGUCAAUAGAGGUGAGUAUUUUUUCGGCUGGGUAUUUGUUUACGAGCUCGACAUGAAUCCCCCUAUUAUUUUUGUUAUAAUAGUUGCACAUUUAUCUGAUUUUCCCGUGUCACAAUGAAAUACUUCACUUACUUCGUUAAUAACAUGUUAACUGACGCUUUCGAAGUAUUGUGUAUCCAAAGUAAGUAUGAUCUGGGCGCAGCUUUUUAACUAUGGCAACAUCUAUAGGAUCGGAAAAGCUAGGACUGCGUGACAAAAAACCAUUCACUGUUUUCAUAGAGGGUAACAUUGGAAGUGGAAAAACAACAUUUUUGAAUCAUUUUCAAAAAUAUAAGCAGAGGGUGUGUUUGCUUACUGAACCUGUAGAGAAAUGGCGCAAUUGCGGUGGAGUCAAUCUGUUAGAUUUGAUGUAUAAAGAACCAAAACGGUGGGCGAUGCCAUUCCAAAGCUAUGUCACUUUAACGAUGCUUGAUAUGCAUACCAGUGCUACGGAUAAAUCUGUGAAACUGAUGGAGCGUUCUAUGUUCAGUGCCAGAUACUGUUUUGUAGAAAAUAUGCUCGCAAACGGAAUGCUACAUCAAGGGAUGUACAACAUAUUACAAGAUUGGUACGAGUUUAUCGAUGCGAACGUUUACAUACAGGCUGAUUUAAUAGUGUACUUAAGAACCAGUCCCGAAGUUGUUUUCGAAAGAAUGACAAAACGUGCGCGAUCCGAGGAGAGUUGUGUUCCACUGAAAUAUUUGCAGGAAUUGCAUGAGUUGCAUGAGAAUUGGCUCAUCCAUGGAACUUUCCCCAGAGCGGCCCCGGUCCUCGUUCUUGACGCUGAUCUAGAUUUGAAUGACAUUAGUUCUGAAUACAAGCGUUCAGAAACUAGUAUACUUAAACCAAUCCUAAUUGAAAAUACUAACCAGCAAUCAAUUUUGACAUCACCAGGUAAAAGACCAAGAAAAGAAUUGUAACCAAUAAUUAUGUGAAAGUAUAUUUUACACUAGCUUUUUUUAUUUUAUUUCAAUAAGAAAAUGAUAGUUUUGACGCUUUUCCGUUUUACUUCUAAAUUAUGUUAGAAAAAUUUUGAGUGUAUUGUAAUAGACUAAAUUACAUGGUAUUAUUUAAUAUAGGAAAACUUACAUGCAAAAAUUGCAGAACAAAAAUAAUGAAAAUCUU